AAGCUCCACCCUCACAUGAUAGAAAAGAGGAAAUUGAAGGUUUGAUGCUACCAGCCUUGGAGGUUGACUUUCCUUAUUUCUAUGAUGGCAAUGGGUUGGGUUCUUCAGAUGUUACUACGCAUUUAGAUCGAAACAACCAUCCAUUGGAAGAUUGUUUAGUUAAGCAGGUGGUGGAAAAGGAGGAGGACCUUAUAUACAUGAAACUAAAAGAGUUGGCUCUUAAUCGGCAACGGUCAGACCCACCUUUAAUGGAUGUUGAAGAUAUUGCUACUGUAAAUGGUGUGCACUCAAGGCACAAAGGUUUAUCAGAGGCACAAACAAAUUCAGAAGAAAGGAAUGGACAAAGUCUCAUUAACUCAUUUGAUUAUCCUUCUGUCAUAUCGCAGUUGAUGCAAGGUAUGGAAGAGUUAAACGCUUUUAAAAUAGAACAAAUUCAUAAGAUGGGUUAUCUGGAGCAGAAGCUGGUUGAGGCAGAAAUAGAAAUUCAAGAACUAAAACAACAAUGUAUGAUGUUGGAAUGCACAUCACAUCCUUCCGUAGUAUGCGUUGAUGAAAUGGCGAUGGAGUCGGUUAAAAUGAUCCUGAACCGGAUCUUGAUGAGUUGAUAUAUCUUGUGGGAGGAUACAAUGGUGUAUCAUGGUUAUCGGCAUUGGAUUCCUACUCUCCUACGAAGGAUGUGAUAAAAUCUCUAAAGCCAAUGAACCAUGGCCGUGCUUAUGUCUCUAUUGCAUGGUUGAAUGGUGAGCUUUACGUAUUUGGUGGUGGAAACGGUAAUUUGUGGGUUGACACAGUUGAAUCAUAUGAUCCGGCCAAUAACCAGUGGCAUCUGCGACCCUCUUUGAAUGGUGAAAAGGGAAGCUUAGCAGGUGCUACUCUAAAUAACAGAAUUUUUGCAAUGGGUGGUGCAAAUGGGGUAGAUUGCUAUGCAGAUGUUGAAAUGUUUGAUUUAGAUGUUGGUCGCUGGAUUUCUUCACGAUCAAUGCUACAAAAGGUAAUUCCUAAAAAUAUGUUGGGCUGCAUAAUACCAGGUUACCUGAAUUUGCUUGUAAGGCUUCUCGCUUGCUGCAUAUCUUGGAAGUUAAAUCCAUGCUUGAGCUUGUAAUAUUUUAAACUAAAUUAAUGAAGGGUAUAAUGUUUUAUGUAGUCUUUAUGUUGCUUAUGAUAUAUUCGGGUAAUAUAAUAGUAGUUAUUGAUACAUUUGAUGGUAAGGGAACAUAUGGAAUUUAUUUGCAGAAGAACCAAAACAUUAGAAUACGGUAUUUAAGGAAUAUAACCUUCAAUAUGGCUUUCUUCAUGCUAAUUGUUCAGAUUGUACUGUGGUCCCUUAUGAGCAUUAAUUAUUUUUAGGCGUGUGCACCUUGUAUUAUUUUAG